AUGGCCCAGCCUUUGACCAAUACCGUGGAGCUAAUCAAGUCUUCGUCCAGCCACAAAUUGGAAGAGCUCUCGGAGGAAAACACCGAGAACAAUUUGGAACAUGAUGACUUGUCGGUAUCUGCAUCCAUCCUGAUUGAGUCCAACGUGGUGGACUGCCAAUACUGGGAAGGAGAAGACAGCUUCAGUUUUCACACUUGGUAUGAAAUGGGCCAGGCCAUCGGUGAAGGUUCCUUUGGAAGUGUACACAAGUGCUUUCAGAGGCAGGGAGAAAAAGACAGUUCAAGCACCAUGGGAUCAUCCUUUGUUGUCAAAGCUGUGCCAGAUGAACUAUACAAUGAGAAAGAGAUAAAAAUCAUGGACCUGCUUGAUGAUUGCCCAAAUAUUGUCCAAGUGGUGGACUUGUUUCAUGACAAUGACGCAUCUUUCAUUGUCAUGGAAGAAAUGGAGGGGGGGGAUCUUUUUGAAAAGGUAUCCCAGAAUGGUGCUUACAGUGAGAAGAAAGCCAAAGUCCUUUUCAAGACUCUGCUGGAGACUAUCCAGUUCUGCCACUCCAGGGGCAUUGCCCACUGCGACAUCAAGCCCGAGAACAUUCUGCUCCAAUCGCAAGAGGAUGACACAACCAUCAAAGUUGCGGACUUCGGAUUGGCCAAACCUUUUCGAUACCCAAAUGGAAGGAAGGUCCCAAUGCAUGCCAUGCAGGGGACUUUUGAAUAUGCUGCUCCUGAAGUCUGGGAAGUCUUUGCUCCAGAUGAGGAAGACAAGGGAUAUGGUGAACGUUGUGAUAUUUGGAGUUGUGGUGUAGUCCUGUACUACCUCCUGUCUGGGUGCCUUCCCUUUGUUGGCAAAGAUGCUCGUGACACAAUUGAUCAAGUAUCCUUGGGCAGGUUUAAGUUCCCUCGUCGACAAUGGAACAAGGUGUCCUAUCAUGCCAAAUUCUUGAUUGCCCAGCUACUCCAGGUUGAUCCUGACGACAGGUGCACACUGAAAGAAGCCUUGAGCAGUCCCUGGUUCGAUGGGAUUGAAGAGCAAGCAACACGAGAAUUUUGA